GGCGCGGGAUCGCGGAUCCGGGCGCAGCCGGGAGCCGGGCGCCAGCGAGCAACGGGCCGAGGAGCAGCCCCCGGCCCCCGCCUCCGGGCCGGCCCGAGCGCGCCCGGCCCGCCGCCCGCUCUCCACCGCCGCGCCUUCUCCCAGCCCCCCGCCUCCCUCCCUCGCCACUUUAACACUUGCCCGCCGCCUCUGCCGCCGAGUCCGCGGACAUGUCCUUCCCGCAGCUGGGCUACCCGCAGUACCUGAGCGCCGCGGGGCCCGGCGCCUACGGCGGAGAGCGCCCGGGGGUGUUGGCUGCCGCUGCAGCGGCGGCCGCCGCCGCCUCGUCGGGCCGGCCGGGGGCGGCGGAGCUGGGCGCGGGCGCGGGCGCGGCAGCGGUCACCUCGGUGUUGGGCAUGUACGCGGCGGCCGGACCUUACGCGGGCGCGCCCAACUACAGCGCCUUCCUGCCCUACGCCGCGGAUCUCAGCCUCUUCUCGCAGAUGGGCUCACAGUAUGAACUCAAGGACAACCCUGGGGUGCACCCUGCCACCUUCGCUGCGCACACAGCGCCGGCCUACUACCCCUACGGCCAGUUCCAGUACGGGGAUCCCGGGCGGCCCAAGAAUGCCACGCGCGAGAGCACCAGCACGCUCAAGGCCUGGCUCAACGAGCACCGCAAGAAUCCCUACCCCACCAAGGGGGAGAAGAUCAUGCUGGCCAUCAUCACCAAGAUGACCCUCACGCAGGUCUCCACCUGGUUCGCCAACGCGCGCCGCCGCCUCAAGAAGGAGAACAAGGUGACGUGGGGCGCACGCAGCAAGGACCAGGAGGACGGCGCCCUCUUUGGAAGUGACACGGAGGGUGAUCCGGAGAAGGCCGAGGACGAUGAGGAGAUCGAUCUGGAAAGCAUCGACAUCGACAAGAUCGACGAGCACGACGGCGACCAGAGUAACGAGGACGAUGAGGACAAGGCUGAGGUGCCGCAAGCGCCCACAGUGCCCACCGCCCUCGCUCGGGAUCAGGGAUCGCCCCUGGCGGCCGCUGACGCGCUCAAAACUCAAGACUCGCCUCUAGGCUUGGCUAAGGAGGCCCAGGAACCCGGCGGCACGCGCCUGCUGAGUCCAGGCUCGGCAGCGGGUGGCCUGCAGGGAGCGCCGCACAGCAAGCCCAAGAUCUGGUCACUGGCCGAGACGGCCACCAGCCCGGACGGCGCGCCCAAGGCCUCGCCGCCGCCCGCCAGCCAUCCUGGUGCGCAUGGGCCCCCUGCGGGCGCGCCGCUGCAACACCCCGCUUUCCUGCCCAGCCACGGACUGUACACCUGCCACAUCGGCAAGUUCUCCAACUGGACCAACGGCGCUUUCCUGGCACAGGGCUCGCUGCUCAACAUGCGUUCCUUUCUGGGCGUUGGCACGCCCCACGCCACCCCCCACGGCCCGCACCUGCCCGCGCCGCCGCCUCCGCCGCAGCCACCCGUCGCCGUUGCCUCCGGGAUGCUCCACGGCGACAAGGCCUCGGCCCGCAGCAGCCCCACGCUCCCAGAGAGAGACAUUGUCCCCAGGCCAGACUCGCCGCCACAGCAGUUAAAGUCGCCCUUCCAGCCCGUGCGCGACAAGCUGUACAAAGGGACGCGCAGGCAUCUGAAGUGUCACUCGGCAGCUGGGGCAGAGGAGCAGCAUUGCCAUUUUGUCGGAGCUCCCCGCUCAUGUGCGCAGCAGAAGGUGAAUCAAAGCGCCGGCGUCCGCAGCCCACGCAUUCUUCUUCACCGCUGUGGCGAAUCUCUGAGCUCCGAGCACCAGCAGAAUCACCGGCCCUGUUUGAGUUGAUAUAUUAAUAUUUACUGAGGAUUUGCAAGGUCGGGACUAAAUGUCAGCAGAUUGCUGGGGCAGUCCUGUGGGGAAUAAUUAAACAAAUCUCACAGCAGUUCAGCCUCUUAACAUCUUUAUUAAUCUUCCCCCCACCCUCCUGAAAGAGUAUGUGGAAAUAUUGCUUUUGCAACCUUAGAGGAAAUUCAGAAUAAGGGUGAUAGUAAAUAAGACACUGUGCUGUGGAUGUUUGCUUUGUAGGCCUCCUGGCCCCUCCCAGGCAGAUGUCCCAGAGGCAGGAGGGCUCUGAUGUGUGCAUUACAGCGCAGAGGUUGUCAUUCUCACCUGCCCCUCCGUCAGGUUUAUCCGGUCCAAUUUGCGGAGCACAGCCACUCGGUUCCUGUGAUUCGGCCCGCACCCUCUGUCCACUCUGCUGGCUCUGGAGGCCUGCCUCCUCUAACAUGAUUACAGCAUGCACUUUGCUACAAGUUGGACAAUUCUCUUUAAUAAGCUUCAUAAUUAGUGUUGGGAUGCCUCAUUACAAGUCAUAGCCUGUAGCAGUCCUAGGCCAAACGGCCCUCCGCAGUCUGAUUUAUUUUUUAUCAGGCAGCAGGAGCUGUCUGGAGUUUUUGUUUGUAUAAUGGGGACCCGCAUCAGGCCCCCAGUGUAAAAAUACCACCAGGAAAUUAAUUGCUUCUGUGUGGAUCCACCACAGAUGUGUCCUGUUGAUCAGAAUGGUAUAUUUUUGACUUUGCUAUCCUGUGGUGAGUUGUAAAAAAAAAUAAAAUGAAAGCCAGCAAUGCAAACAUAUUAGCAUCAAUAUAGAUUCAGCCUGGCAUAAUUGAAAACAUGGGGUUUCUGAGGAGGCUGGGCAGGGAAAGUCCAAGUUCCUGGUGAGACCUUUUCCUUCCUGUCCUCUUACACAAGGUUCUUAUUUAUUUGUUAAUAUGUGCAUGCAUUUAUUUAUUUAUUGCUUCCAAGUGGAACCACUUCCUGGCAGACAUGUGGCUGGAAUUGCAGUUGGUUUCUGACUGAAAGAUCUACUUAGAGUAACACACCCCCAGUGGGCGGGGAUGGUCUCCGUACCCCACACCUGACAUCAAGUCCCCUGGCUGAGGUCAGUGGCCUGACUCUCUCAUGAGCCAUGUGAGGAUACCAAGAAAAAGGUGGGUCCCACCUGCUCAUCUUGGAUGCACCCAGUGGGGCCUCUGGUGGCCUCAGGUGCAUAGGUCUUGUGUGGACUCAGGUCUGCAUGUGGGGCGUGUGUGUUCCAUGCGUGACUCAGCUGAGUGGGCAGGUCUUUGUCCUAUGCUCUCCGCACUGCUCCUAGCUCAGACAUAAAUAAAUGAAGGAGUCCUUCCUCCUCUGCUCUUUCAUUAGACCACUUGGUGCCUAAAUUCUGAUGCAGUAGCGAAUUAUUCCAACUGAGCACAGUGUGAGGAUGCUUUUGGAUUCAUCGGCCCCUGAAUUAAACUGCAGCCACACGUUCUGUUCCUGGCACCGGGUAGUUCAUUGCUGGCUAGUCCACAUGGGUCACCAUCAGUGGGGUUCAGUUUCAGUUCCCAUGUCCCUUUUAUUAAUUUUUUCCCAGAGGAGUUUCACGAGUUUCUCUCUCUGAAUCCUUUCUGAGACCCUUGGGAGGUCAGCAGUCUGAUUUUCUUGCUCAGCUCUGUGUUGGGUGGAGUUUAUAAGUUUUAGCUCUGGUAACUCAGCAGACAACACCUUACUCGUGGGAAAAAAAUAAUGUAAUGCUGACAGUGCAACAUUUUUGUUUAGGAAAAUAACUCGGUUUCAUAUGCAAAAGAACAGACUUGUCUGACUUCAUGUGUGCCCACAGGAGCAGCAGGUGUUUCUCAGCAGUGAGAACAGACACUAGAACCUUUACUGGUGGAUUUGCCAAGUCCUGUGGAUGGGAGAGUGCUAGCGGUCUCUGGGAAUGCCAUGGCGUGGCAGAGUA